AUGGACGAUCAUAUCGUGGGUGUUCUUGGUGGCGGCCAACUAGGACGUAUGUUAGUAGAGGCCGCGAACCGCCUCAACAUCCAGGUUGGAGUCCUUGAUGCCGACAGCGCUCCCGCGAAAUAUCUGGCAAACCAUGACAUGCAUGUUACUGGAUCAUUCGCCAACGCAUCCGACGUUAAGGCACUCGCUUCUGGAUGUGACGUCCUGACCUACGAGAUCGAGCAUGUCGAUACCGAGAUUCUUGAAAAGCUGGAGGCGGAGAAACCGUUUAUCGAGGGCACCCAGUGGUCGAGAUUUCAACCCAGCUGGCGAACGGUCAGGACAAUUCAAGACAAAUUCACUCAGAAGCAGCAUUUUGCAAAAUAUUCAAUCCCGAUCUCCAAGUCCAUUGCGGUCAGCCCGUCACAGCAAGGACUGAUAGAUGCCGGCGAGAUACUUGAUUAUCCAUUCAUGUUGAAAUCUCGAACCCAAGCCUACGAUGGGAGGGGUAACUUUCCGGUCAAGUCGAUGUCCGACAUAGGACCUGCCAUUGCGGCCCUCGCAGAACGACCUUUGUAUGCCGAGAAAUGGUCUCAUUUCAAACAGGAGCUCGCAGUCAUGGUUGUCAAAACCGCCCAGGAAGACGAUCCAGACGCGUGGGAGCAGCAUACCUUGGCGUACCCUACUGUGGAAACCGUUCAUGAAGACAGUAUCUGCAAGCUUGUCUAUGUUCCACCCAGGGAUGUCUCGCAGGAAGUCGCACGGGCAGCCCAAGAUCUGGCUCGACGUGCUGUUUCAACCUUUCGGGGAACUGGCGUCUUCGGCGUUGAAUUGUUCCUCCUUCCUGACGACAGCCUCCUCGUUAACGAAAUCGCGCCCCGCCCUCACAACUCUGGGCAUUAUACAAUUGAGGCAUGUCACAUGUCCCAAUUCGAAGCACAGAUCCGUGCUAUUCUACCUGAUCUGGCCUCAAAGAUCCCAGCUGGGGCGACGGAUCUAACGGUCAAUGCGGCAAUCAUGUUGAAUAUUCUCGGAGGUCCACAGCCUGAUUCCCAUACGCUGGUCGCCAAAGCCGCACUUGACGUGCCAGGGGCGAAAAUUCAUCUCUAUGGGAAGGGUGAGGGUCGACCAGGACGGAAGAUGGGACACAUUACAAUUACCGGGUCAAGCUUGUCGGAAUGCGAGAUCAAAAUGCACCCUCUGAUUCAGAUGGUCGACGCCAUACGCGUGCAUCGCCAGGAUCGAUCUGGUGAGCCAUCUGCAUCCUCGAUUCUCAAGACUCAGGCCGAGCUGCUCGGUGCGAAUCCCGCACCGUCUGCUCGGGCUGUCGUGGGCGUGGUAAUGGGGUCUGACACCGAUCUGGCUACACUUCGCCCCGGCCUCACGCUACUUGACUCCAUGAACAUUCCUUACGAGGUGCACAUUACCUCGGCUCAUCGCACGCCGCAGUACAUGCUAGACUUUGGCAAAUCUGCAGCUAGUCGUGGGUUGAAAGCUAUCAUAGCGGCGGCUGGUGGUGCAGCACACUUGCCAGGUAUGAUGGCCUCGGAAACGCCAGUGCCCGUCAUUGGCGUGCCCGUGAAAGCCAGUUCUCUGGAUGGACUGGACAGCCUGCUGAGUAUUGUGCAAAUGCCGCGGGGUAUUCCUGUGGCUACGGUGGGUAUCGGGAACUCAGUCAAUGCAGCGAUUUUGGCAGCCAGGAUUGUGGGAUCAAGCGACGAGAAAGUACGGAAGUGGGUUGCAGACCACCUACAGAAGAUGAACGAUGAGAACAUGGAGAAGGAGUAUCGACUGCAGAGAGAAGGCUGGAAAGUUUACAAGAAAUUGGACGGGUAA